CGUUCAUCCAUCACACCAUUCCCACUCUCUCCUCUCCACCCGGCGAGCGGACACCCCCCUGUCCUCUUGACCCGAUCCCGUCCCCGCCCGCCCGCCCCGCCGCCGCGCGCGCUGGUCCGGACGCUCGGGCGCUGGUGAUCCGGUUGAUGCAGCAGCGGGGCCUCGCCCACAACUGCCGCUCCCGCGGCUUCUCCCGCUCCCGCCGCGCAGUCGAGGGCGCCUGAAACGCACCCGCCCCACGCACGCAGCGCAACCGAAAACCCCUCGAUCCGGCUCUCCUCGCGCUGCAGCUUUUAUAACGCCGUAGACGACAACGAAAGAGAACGGAAAGAAAUAAAACCCAACACACCUACCGUCGUCCGUAAAGGAAGGAAGGAAGGACUCGAGAGAUGGACACCGUCGGCGUCCCCGUGGUGGCCGUUGCGAAUGGGAUCGGGGAGGUGGAGCGCAAGGUGCAGAAGAGCUACUGGGAGGAGCACUCCAAGUGCCUCACUGUCGAGUCCAUGAUGCUCGACUCCCGCGCCGCCGACCUCGACAAGGAAGAGCGACCCGAGAUCCUGUCUUUGCUUCCCUCUUACAAAGGGAAAUCAGUUCUAGAACUCGGUGCUGGAAUUGGACGCUUUACUGGAGAUCUGGCAAAAGAAGCUGGGCACGUUCUGGCACUAGACUUUAUUGAAAGUGUGAUUAAGAAGAACCAAAGCAUAAAUGGGCAUCACAAGAACAUAACCUUCAGGUGUGCCGAUGUGACAUCUAACGACUUGAAGAUUGAAGAUAACUCUGUUGAUCUGAUAUUUUCAAACUGGCUAUUAAUGUAUCUUUCAGAUGAGGAGGUCCAAAAGCUUGUGGGGAAAAUGGUAAAAUGGUUAAAGGUCGGAGGCCAUAUUUUCUUUAGAGAAUCAUGUUUUCACCAAUCUGGAGAUUCCAAAAGGAAGGUGAACCCAACACACUAUCGAGAACCAAGGUUUUAUACCAAGGUAUUUAAAGAGGGCCAUUCAUUUGAUCAAGAUGGAGGUUCGUUUGAACUUUCUCUAGUGACCUGUAAAUGCAUUGGGGCUUAUGUCAAAAACAAGAAGAAUCAAAACCAGAUAUGCUGGUUAUGGGAAAAGGUAAAAUCAACAGAAGACAGAGAUUUUCAAAGAUUCCUGGACAACGUGCAAUACAAAACAAGUGGGAUAUUACGUUAUGAGCGUGUCUUUGGUGAAGGUUUUGUGAGCACUGGUGGAAUCGAGACUACAAAGGAAUUUGUGGGCAUGCUCGAUCUUAAACCGGGCCAGAAAGUACUUGAUGUCGGAUGUGGAAUUGGAGGCGGCGACUUUUACAUGGCUGCAAACUAUGAUGUCCAUGUUCUUGGUAUUGAUCUUUCGGUGAACAUGGUUUCAUUUGCAAUUGAACGUGCCAUUGGACGCAAGUGCUCUGUUGAAUUCGAAGUUGCUGAUUGCACCACAAAGGAUUACCCAGAAAAUAGUUUUGACGUCAUCUACAGCCGUGACACCAUCCUUCACAUACAAGACAAGCCUGCUCUGUUCAGAAGCUUCUUCAAAUGGCUAAAGCCCGGCGGCAAAGUCCUAAUCAGCGACUACUGUAAGAAUCCUGGAAAACCAUCAGAAGAAUUUGCUGCGUACAUUAAGCAGAGAGGCUAUGACCUUCACGACGUGAAGGCUUAUGGACAGAUGCUGAAGGAUGCUGGUUUUCAUAAUGUCAUCGCGGAAGAUCGCACUGAGCAGUUCUUGAAUGUUCUACAGAGGGAGAUAGGUGAAGUUGAAAAGAACAAAGACGCUUUCCUGGCAGACUUCACCCAGGAGGACUAUGACGACAUUGUGAAUGGCUGGAACGCGAAGCUGAAACGGAGCUCUGCCGGCGAGCAGAGGUGGGGGUUGUUCAUUGCCACCAAGUGAUUUGGCCUGGCAGCAGGAGGGCUCUUCGGAAUAAGAAUGGAUGUGGCUCUAACUCUGCUUCUAGACCGGUGAUGGUUCAGCUUAGAAGCAGGGGAUCUUCAUCAUCAGAAUAAAAACGUGUGUUGUUGUGUUGCUGUGUCUACGCCACUAGUAUUUCUGUUGUUACUUAUGUUCUAGGUAAACUGCGCAGCCAGAGCAGAGCUGAAGAAUAUGUACUGCUUGCUCGCUCUUGUGUGGUUGUGUCUACCCCUACUAGCAUUUCAGCUUUGUUGUAGGUAAACUGCGAACCCAGAGUUGCAGAACCCGUACUGCUCGUUUAAGUUCAUGGUGAACUACGAGCUAAAAGGCUGUUGCCAGAGUCGAUGUCACUUGUCACUGGAGGUCCCCGGUUCAAUUCAGAUGUUGCUUUGGC